AUGUGGACGCCGGAGGGAUCUGCUUUUGGGAGGAAGAUGGGGUCGGAAGGUGGAGGCCCGCCACGAGGCAACCUCGGCCAACGGCACCAUUCGGAAGCCCCGGAAGAAGCCUUUGUCGGGACUCAGGUCGAGCCUAUGGCCACACCAGGAAUGGAUGACAUUGUUGCUGCCAUCAACAGGGCUGCCACAAAGUAUUUGCCCCACGUGAGGUACAAUGCCGGCAUGCUGCAAUUCAUGCACAAGCAGUUGGAGACAACUGCACAGCUGCAUCACCGUCUGCCAGCCCAUAUGAUGGACGGAGAAAUGAACAUUCUAGCGACGGUGGUAGCAGAGGCUGUACUUCUGAUAGAGAGGCAUGCUGAAUCCUUCAACUACAGAAGAUUCUACAAGGUGGAUUUUGUGCACAGCCAAGUGGAAGAGAUCUGCAGGACCCUUGCUGCCAUCUGUGAGGGCACUAUCCGAGUUGUGGGCGGCCCUGAUGUGGAGACAGUUAUUGACGCCAAUUGUGUUGAGAAGGACAGGAGGCACCUCGUCUGCUAUUUGACUUGCAUCUUGGCAGGCACGCUUGAUGUCGACCUGGAUGAGGAAACACAGCAUGAACUGGCUGUGUGCAUCCAAGAAAACAUGCAAAGGAUGGACUUCCUAAACAUAGGAAUCAGGGCAGAGGACAUCCAGAUCAAAGAAGCCGUCGGAGAGGGGGCAUAUGGGCAAGUGUUCAAAGGAAAAUGGAGGGAUUCAGCUGUUGCUGUGAAAUGUUUCCCACCCAACUUGAACAUCGAGGCCCGAGUUGAGCUCCUGAAUGAAGUGGAGAUGCAUACAAAGAUGCAUUUCCCCAAUGUGGUCAUCUGCUGGGGUGCCAUAUUCUCAAGAACUCAAAAUGCCAUCGUCAUGGAACUGGCAGAACACGACCUGCAGAAGUUCUGCUGGACCCAGGGAUCUGCCCUGACAUGGGCAUUCAAGGUUUGCCUACUGGCAAGUGCUGCAUUGGGGUUAGGUCAUCUACAUGACUCUGGGAUUGUCCACAGAGAUGUGAAGCCAGGGAAUUUCCUUGUGUUUAGGGACUCCUCAGCACCUCAUGGCCACAUUAUCAAAAUUGGCGAUUUUGGUUUGGCGAUGGCCAAGGAGCAGCUUAGAUCCAAAUCAAUGAGAAACAAGGUCGGCACUGUCCAGUAUAUGGCGCCAGAAGUUCAGAAAGGGCAGCCUCACAGUUUUGCUUCUGACGUUUUCAGCUUUGGCGUCCUCCUCUAUGAGCUGGCAGCAGAAAGUGAUGCAUAUCGCGGUGUGCAAUCAGAGCCAAUGCUGUUGAUGUGGAAGCUGCAAGGAAGGGACCCUUGCUUUGUUGGGAGGGACUGCCCAGAAGAACUGCGUGACCUGGCAAAGGCCUGUGUCAUUCCGCAGCAUGAGUUGAGGCCUCCAAUGACGGAAGUUGUGAGGCGUUUGAAGAAGAUUCGUCAGAAGGUGCUCACUGCCGGAACAGAAGAACUUGUAGUGCCAAAGGAGGGGAAGGUCGAUCAAAGCACACUGCACAAAGGAGCGCUUUGUAUCUCAGCAGUAGUCAUGGACAUGAAAGCUCUGCUACACAAUUUGCGAGCAGAGCUUGCCAGGAUUGGCGAAAGGGAUGGAGUAGUGAAGAAAAUGUUGCGAGAUGUGCUGCUCAGCAGGCAGCACCUUGAGUCCAUGUCAAGCAAAGUUGGCCCCAAAUCACUUCUGGAACCUCUGGCUGUGGCAAAAAAGCGACUGUGCAGUGCAACAGCACUAGUCAGGAUGCACAACAGUGCGCUGCUUGGAACAAAGGAAGGACCUUCUUCAUCAAUCGAUACUGUGAAGUUGGCACAGAUGGAAUUAGAAGGCUUUUGCCAUGACAUCCAUAUCAUGCAGGCUUGCAUGAUGCCUUCAGAUGCCCAAAUUGUUGUGGGCAGUCUCAAAGCCGAUGAGCACAGCAACAAAGAGCAAUGUCAGGUGUGUGCUGCUGGCAGCUAG